AUUGAUAUUAAGCAGUUGAACAACAUUAGGAUUGAUUGCGAUGGAUUCGAAGGCUCGACGUCAGUCGGAGAAGAAGGUGGACAUGUCUCUAGACGAAAUUAUAAAAAUGGAGAGAAAAGGACGAGGAAGAGGAAGGGGACGUGGGGCUGCGGGUGCGGGCGUGAGAGUAAAUGCUAGGCGACCUGGAACGGGCGGUCAGCAGGCAAGAAGACAGCCGGUGAAACAAGGAAGAGGCCAAGGCAGGCAACAACAGCAACGUCAGCAACAGAGAAACCAACAGCAAGCGGCAACAAAAUCAGCACGUCAACAACAAUUUACUAAACGUCGAAUUUCCACUCAAGACCAAACCAACCAAAAGCAACAGCAACAGAAAGGACAACAACGUGGCACCGGAAGGCGGUGGCAACGAGGUGCAGGCAGAGGGCGAGCUCAGAACGUAACAACUGGGUGGAAACAGGGACAGCAGGGCGGGAGAAAGGGAGCCGACAACCAACAGCAGCAGCAAUGGCAACAGGGUGGAAAAUGGCAGGGACGAGGGAGGAGUACUGGUGGGGCUGCAGGUUUUAGAAGACAGAAUGCGCAGCAACAUGGACAGCAGAGCAGGGCAGUUGGGAGAGGGAGAGGGAGAGGACGAGGACGAGGGCAGAAAGCACCAACCAAUCUUACUAUAAGCUUCACCAAUCCAAACGCCAAGUCUAACGCUGAGGUCGCACUGCAGCGUGGUCGACGGCAAGCGAGACGUAAUCAGAUGCAGAUGAAGCAGCCGACUGGAUUUGUGACGGUGGAUGCAGUCAAUCCAUUCCAAGUGAAUCGAUUCCAACCAACUCUCUUUCAAUCGCCGAUGGAUGUGGCUGGUCCAUUCCAGACGUCACCAACAGCGUUUGCUACUCCAACUGCUGAUCAGCUUCCUCUUAAGAUUACGAUACCGGUUGCUGAUUUGUCUGGACAGUCAGCGGCUGAAGCAUUAGGACAGACAACUGUUCCGCUCUCGAGAAGAUUUAUGAGCAGCAGUGCGUUUUAGACAGACUGUGUUCCAUAUCUUGUUUUAGUGCAAUAUGGACUGUAAUGGAAGAGCUUCGUGUCCUUCGUUUGUUUACUACAAUAAAUGCCACUAGUACUAAA